AUGUACGAGUGUAGUGUAUGCAAGUACAAGAGUAACAACAAGGGUACCCUGAAGAAUCACUAUAUCCGACUACACACGAGCAAUUACGAUUAUGCGUGCGAAAUUUGUGGAAAGCAAUUCAAGAUCAAGAAAGCCUUGAAUCACCACGUGAAGCAGAAUCACAGCGAAGCACCGCCAAUCGUGUGUGAUGUCUGCGGCCAUUUCAGCAAGAAUCUACACGCUCUUAAAGCCCAUAUGAAGUACAGACACUAUAAACCGGAAUUUGUUUGCCGGAUAUGUCGACGAGGCAUGACUACACAGGAGAACUUGGAGCAGCAUCUCAUGUGGCAUGAAACCAGGGAGAAGGUGCUUUGUCCGACUUGUGGUAAAAGAUUCCGAGGACGCGAUCUUGAUUCACACAUGAGGGUGCAUACCGGAGUAAAGCCUUUUCCCUGUCCCGUCUGUGGAAAGACGUUUCGACGACAAACAGCACAAGAGCAACAUGUGUUGAUCCACACUGGGAAGAGACCCUACAUUUGCGAUAUUUGCGGCCAAGCGUUUGCCCAAAAGCCCGGUCUCAUCUGUCACAGGAAGAGACAUCCUGGUCCACUGCCCCCGUUGCCUGUAGUCUCCAUUAAGAACAUUGUUACGGAGUUUACAAAAGAAUACACACGAAAAAACACAGUCAUAAAGAUAGAAUAA